GUGGCGGAGCCCAUUUGGGCGGCGGCAGCGGCAGCAGCAACAGCAGCGACGGCUCGGCUCGGGAGGCGCUCUUCGGGCCAAGGCCAUGGCCCCGCGGCUGCAGCUGGAGAAGGCGGCCUGGCGCUGGGCGGAGACGGUGCGGCCCGAGGAGGUGUCGCAGGAGCACAUCGAGACCGCGUACCGCAUCUGGCUGGAGCCUUGCAUCCGCGGCGUGUGCAGACGAAACUGCAAAGGAAAUCCAAAUUGCUUGGUUGGGAUUGGUGAGCAUAUUUGGUUAGGAGAAAUAGAUGAAAAUAGUUUCCAUAACAUUGAUGAUCCCAACUGUGAGAGGAGAAAAAAGAACUCAUUCGUGGGCCUCACUAACCUUGGAGCUACUUGUUACGUCAACACGUUUCUUCAAGUGUGGUUUCUCAACUUGGAGCUUCGGCAGGCACUAUACUUAUGUCCAAGUACCUGUAGCGACUACGUGAUGGGAGAUAGUAUCCAAGAGGAGAAAGAUUAUGAACCUCAGACAAUUUGUGAGCAUCUCCAGUACUUGUUUGCCUUGUUGCAAAACAGUAACAGGCGAUACAUCGAUCCAUCGGGAUUUGUUAAAGCCUUGGGCUUGGACACAGGACAACAGCAGGAUGCCCAAGAAUUUUCAAAGCUAUUUAUGUCUCUUUUGGAAGAUACUUUGUCUAAACAAAAGAAUCCAGAUGUGCGGAACAUUGUCCAGCAGCAAUUCUGUGGAGAAUAUGCUUAUGUAACUGUUUGCAACCAGUGUGGCAGAGAGUCUAAGCUUUUAUCAAAGUUUUAUGAACUGGAGUUAAAUAUCCAAGGCCAUAAACAGUUAACAGAUUGUAUCUCGGAAUUUUUGAAGGAAGAAAAAUUAGAAGGAGACAAUCGAUACUUUUGUGAAAACUGUCAAAGUAAACAGAAUGCAACAAGGAAGAUCAGACUCCUCAGCCUUCCGUGCACCCUGAACUUACAGCUGAUGCGCUUUGUCUUUGACAGGCAAACUGGACAUAAGAAAAAGCUGAAUACCUACAUUGGCUUCUCAGAAAUUUUGGAUAUGGAGCCUUAUGUGGAACAUAAAGGUGGGUCCUAUGUGUAUGAACUGAGUGCAGUCCUUAUACACAGAGGAGUGAGUGCUUAUUCUGGCCACUACAUUGCCCAUGUGAAAGAUCCACAGUCCGGUGAAUGGUAUAAGUUUAAUGACGAAGACAUAGAAAAGAUGGAGGGGAAGAAAUUACAACUAGGGAUUGAGGAAGAUCUAGCAGAACCUUCUAAGUCCCAGACACGUAAACCCAAGUGUGGCAAAGGAACUCACUGCUCUCGAAAUGCAUACAUGUUGGUGUAUAGACUACAAACUCAAGAAAAACCCAACACAAUUGUUCAGGUACCAGCCUUUCUUCAAGAGCUGGUAGAUCGGGAUAAUUCCAAGUUUGAGGAGUGGUGUAUUGAAAUGGCCGAGAUGCGUAAGCAAAGUGUGGAUAAAGGAAAAGCAAAACACGAAGAGGUUAAGGAGCUGUACCAAAGGUUACCUGCUGGAGCUGGUCUGUAAGAUAUUCUGGGACAGCACUGCUGCCAUUAUGUGCCUUGUUUCUUUCGUGUUCACAAAUGUAUAUGAACAAACUUUCCCCUACCCUUUCUUAUAACCCACUAACGCCAGCUUAAGCACUAUAAAAUUACUAUGUAAAUGAGCAAUAAUUUGAUGCAUAGCAUUCCAUAUAGUUUUCAUUAUCAUGUACUUUUAAGAAUGGGAAGCUCUUAACAAAUUAAAAGGUUUAGGUCAGCAUUCUGCAUAUGUAUGAGUCUUACAGGCAUUUCUAUUUUGUGAGAUACUAAUUUGUUCCUUAAAAAUCUGAUUGGGUUAUGGAAGCAACUCACUGCCCUGACAGUCUUAACAGGCAGUCUUGUCUGUGUACUAUUUUUAAUGAUACUAUUAUACUAAUUUGAAAUUUAAUAUCAAAUAUUAUGCUAAGAAUGGAGAGCUUUCUGCUGACCCUUAAUUUCUUAAGAAUUAUCCCACACAAGCCAGCUCAUCCCUUUACUGUGUAUGUUUAUUCAAGUUUACCUAGUGCCUUAGAAAAUCCCAACUUUUUAAGCCUUCAGUACCAUUGGUAACGAUGUGUCUUUAACGUUUCCUAGGCAGACUUCCCCAUGUCCAAUUCCUACCUAAAGAAGAGAGGCAAUUUAAUCCUAAGUUUUGAAGAUAAACACUCAAGUAUAAUUGUACUUGUGGUUUUGUCUUUUUCAUAUCUUAUUUUUCCAUUACUGGUAUACUCUUUUAAACAAAAGAUGAAUAUAAAUUGCUAAAUCUGUAAGAGUGACUCUGAACAGUUCUUUCUAAACCACAUCUUUAUUUGAUUCUGACUUUUUUUUGUAAUGCGUUGGUCUCACUCUGUCCCAAGGGUUGGGAUUAUUCUAAAGAAUGAGACUGACCCUGAUGUUACUGAAGAUGAUUUGGACAUGAAUAUGAUUCAGAUACCUAAAUUUAUUCAAAGGAGUUGAGACCUAGAAAUCUAUUUUUUGAACUGUAUUCCUAGUUUUCUGCAUUCACCGGACAAGAGAAUGGUUCAAAACUGCAUUUUAUGUUAGAUGCAGUAAAGUCCCUCUCUUUUAAAACCGCAUUGUCCAAAGGCGGGAUGUGUCUGGUCAGCACAUACUUGGGCAUCUCCUGGCUGUUUUCAGUCUCUAAGAAACUGCUCUUGUGUUCUUAGAAUAUCUCUCUGUUAUCAAUACUUUUACCAGUUAGGAACAUCUUCCUCCCAUUUGCAGUAAACAUACAUAGUAGAAUAUCUAUGUCGUGUUAAGUGUUGAAAAUCCAAAAUCAGAUGAAUGUGGUUUUGUGCUGCCAAUCCUAGUCUUUGUUAUGCAUUUUCUAACUCUUACUUGUGUUUGUGAACAUUUAUAUAAAAGAAGAGUCAUUUAUCCUAAAACAUAUGCCUCAUCGGGAACACAGACACUUUUGGCCCUUUUUAUUGAAAUUUAAAUAAGGUAUCUGCAAAUAAUGGUAAAGUACCUCUAGGUGAAGUGUUGCAAAUAUCUUUGAGGCCACAGUCUUUGUAGACUUUUAUAAUUCCCCCCAAGGGAUUUCCUUAUGUUCAAAAUUCAGGCAUUUAAAAAAAAAAAAGUUAUACAUAACUUUAACCAAAAUGUACAUUUCUCUCUGGUAAAUACUGUCACAAGUGCUUUCCUGUUUUGUGAAAUGGUGAGAUGAUAGACCGUUCAGUAUUUCCACCUUGGCGAUUAGAGUGCGCAUUCCUUUUUCGGUGCUUGAUUACCCAUGCCUUCGGAAGACAGUGCUGAGCUGGUUUGCUAGAUCACAAAUCAUAGGGAAUCUGCCAUGAGUCUUUCUCUAGGACAGAAACGUCAGUAGUGUAAAAACUCUCCAGAAGCAGAUCUGCCUUAACUCUUGAGACUUGAGCUCAUCCCUGAUUGUCUGGGAACUCUUGGCAGAGACUGAUCCAACUCUUUAUAGUAAUCGAGAUUGGGAAUGGAAAGACAGACCUAUGUGAACCACAGCCCCUCUUCCUUCCAUGGGUCCUCCAGCACACUAAAACUCGCACCCUGAAUCUAGAAAAUCAGUAGAAUUAAUAAUACAGAAUUCCAUCAGAACCCCAGAACUGCUCUCUGCUCUCUGCCUUCCUCCUCUUACUGUAAAAUCAGAUGUGACUUUUCUGAUCUUCAUGACUUACUUUUAAUUCGUAUGUAACUGCUCAAAACCAAAACAAUAACCUUCAGUUGGAAGUUUUCUGUGGGAUUCGAGUAGGGGAUUGGGAAGUCUUGUCUGAAGCAGACUGCCUUUGAGCCACAUUAUCAUACGGGUCCGGGGUACAGCCACCCUGGGCUUUCAAUUCUAGCAGCCGGCCCUUGGCACAGGGUGUUUUCUGUACUUCCUGGACUCCUUUUCUUGUGAGGGUCGGGAUCCUUAUGGUUUGUUUGCAGUUAGCAAUAGUGGGCAUUGUCUGCUCUUCCCUCCCCAGCACCUGGGGACAUGAGAACACCUGGUGAAUGGUUCUUGAAUGUUGCUCUGUGUCACAGUUCAGUUUUCCGUCCUUUGAUGGUCUUCAGAUUAGUAAAAAUUUUAAUCUAUGUGACUAUAUUUGAGAAAGGAUUAGAUAUGCUAAGAGUUACAUUUUGCUUUCUUGGACAGAGAUCAUGUAUGUUAGUAAAAUUCUGAAGAUAACCAGGUGUACUCUGUCCCUGGCAGAUUAAACUCGAUAAAUGCCAAAUAAAAUUGGGAAGUAUUUUGAA